AGGGUGUAGGGUUCUUCCCCUGUUUUAGGGCUCUUCCGAGCGCCUGGGUUUUUGCUUCUUCCGCCAUGGCGAGCGUGGACGAUUCUCUCGAUAGUCUCCUGGACAGUGCGCUGGGCGAUUUCAAGCCGGCGGAUGCUCCAUCUUCGAGAUCGCCAGAGUCGCAGGCGCUCGGGAAGGGCUUGCCGCCGCUGCAAGUGGCGAAGAAGAGAUCGUCGUCCAGCAGCAGCUCCAGCGCUAAUCCAGAUGUGAGCUCGAGGGACGCGACGCUGGAGAAGCUCGCGGAGAAGACCAAGGACACGGUGCACCGCAUUGAUCCAUUGCCGCAGGCGCAAGAGCAAGAGCAAGAGCUCCUGGAGAAGAUGACCAAGGAAUUUGAGUCUUACCUUGGAACAGAGGAUCUACAAUCCGUGAUGGGGACUUUCAUGCAGCAGCUCCUCUCGAAGGACGUGCUCUAUCAGCCAAUGCUGGAGAUUGGCGAGAGAUACCCGGAGUGGCUCAGCGCCAACAAGUCGAAACUCAGCCAGGAGGAGUUUGAUCGAUACUCGAGGCAGCACGAUCUCAUCAAGCAGCUCUGUCACGUCUACGAGACCACCCCGGACAACUUCAAUGUCAUCAUGGAGCUGAUGCAAUCCAUGCAGAGCUGCGGACAACCCCCGGCGGAGAUGAUCGAAGAACUCGCUCCUGGCUUGCAAAUCUUCUCACCGGAUAACUUGGCCUCCUUGCCACCGGGCCUAGCAAACGAGAACGCGAACUGCUGUAUCAUGUAGACCAUGGAUCGAUCGAGUCGAGCUCCAUGUUCAAAGCUCCGACUUCCAAGCUCCAAGCUCAUAGGGGGAAGGAAAAAGGUGGAGGAGACACUCCGAUAAGGAAUUUCAUGCAUUCCAGGAGCUAGCUAUGCAUCACAAAAGAGGCAGAAGAACGAAUAUCUCCUUUCAAAGUGUCUCUCUUU